GACGGAAAGGAGGAAGAAGGGGAUUGUGGGAAAUUUAACUACCGCGACAUUUGGUAAUGACAUCAUCUGUACGCGACAGAACAAAAGCGGGAGGCUCAUUUAUAUUUGAAGAGAUAUUAGAAGAAUGCUUGCAGUUAUCCUUUAGCACAAAGUAGAGUGUGACUGAAGAGCGCUGAGAUGACCACACAGAGAGUCCUCCCGCAAAGCAAAGAGACUCUACUGCAGAACUACAACAAGAGACUUAAAGAUGACAUCAGGUCAAUUCUAGACAAUUUUACGGAAAUAAUCAAAACUGCCAAGGUGGAAGAUGAGACUCAGGUUUCCAGGGCGACUCAAGCUGAGCAGGACCACUAUGAGAUGCAUGUGCGAGCCGCCAACAUUGUCCGUGCAGGAGAGUCUCUCAUGAAGCUCGUCUCAGACCUGAAGCAGUUCCUCAUCCUGAAUGACUUCCCCUCUGUCAAUGAGGCCAUCAGUCUCCGCAACCAGCAGCUGCGCACGCUGCAGGAAGAGUGCGACAAGAAGCUCAUCUCCCUGCGUGAUGAGAUUGCCAUCGACCUGUAUGAGCUCGAGGAAGAGUAUUACUCCUCCAGGUACAAAUAGACCAGUGAUCCCAAACGUGUGCAGUCACCUCUGCCUUCCCUUGCUUACCAACGCCAUAAACGUGAUGCAUAUAUACAUCGUUAGAAUAUAAUACAUGGUGAUUUAUGGAGCCGUUGCUAUGUCUAUAAAGAUAUUUUUAACUUGCACAACCAAUUAUUGGCUCCAACCGUUGAUCAUUUUACUAAAUGCGCUAACCUUGUUGGUUUGCCCCAUUUGUUUUAUUACACCUUGCUAGUUUGGUCCUCCGUAAACAUACACACAUUCAUAUACCAUUGUGCCUUAAUGAGAGUGUUUAUUCUUGCAAGUAAGCCUAUAGCUUAUGAAAGUGUGCAUUUUUCCUCUCAAACAGCUGUCAUGUAGUAAGACUCGCUUACAAUUUAGAUGCUGUAGACCCUUGGGUUUUAUUCUACUUGUCAUGUUUAUAACAAGCCGGACAUCAUCAUAUCUGUUUCUGCUAUAGCAAAAUCCAUAUAUCCAUAUUGUCAUAUCCAUCCAUAUUGCAGUCACACCAAAGACAUUAUAAAGCACUUUCCAUAUAAAAAGUUUUGUAUAAGAAAACUUCUGUUAUACAUAUAUAAGUGCAUGUAAAUAUUUCCUCUCCAGGUGCCUUAAUCGAUUGUGUUUGAGAACAUUUUAUUUUAUUUUGCAAUCAGGAAUCAGGAUGUGUAUUUACUUUUAUUAGUGGUGCUGGUCAGAUCAUUUAUUUUAUUAGAGAUUAGUAUAUGAUAAAUCUGGACCUUUAUUGUUAUUUAAUGAUUUUAGAUAAAUUUAAGCUGCCUUUGAAGCACACCAUUGUAACCAGUAAUAGUUAUAUGUGAAGAGAAAUUUUCAUUGGGUUUUUAUGGAAAAAAUUUCAUAAUUUUUUUUUUUUUUUUAGUCAUUUGAUAUUGGAUUGGACACAAUGUUGGAUGAGCUGCAAAAUUAAAAGCACUUCAGAAUUUUUAAAACAAAUAUAUGGUGCUGUAAGUAGUGUAUAGAUUACUUUUAAGAAUCAAAUUAAUUUGCUUGCUCGAAGAAAGUUGUUAAGAUCAAGAAGCAGAAUUUUUUUUUUUGAGAAUUCAUAAACGGCAUGAUUUUUUUUUUCUUUCUCUGUUAAGCUAAGUGAAGAUUGUGUAUCUGGCAAAAUAUUUUAGCUUUCAGUUGGCAUAUGUGUAAAGUUAAAAAUGUAAAAUUUAUCAUUUAUAAGGCAUUUGUUGUCCUCAGUGGUUUAAAAUUGCACUACACUAUGUUUCUUUGUGGUGCCGUAUUUAAUAGAAACAGCGUGGGUCACAUUAGUACCUGUUUAAAAUGUAUCAGAUUAUUUGUCAGGUUUUCCACAAACCAACUGGUCAUUUCAAAUUUCAUAAAUAAAUAAACCAGAUAGAAACGAGUGCA